UAAACAAAUAAAAUCAAACUGUAGUUGUAAUUUUCAUUUUUCAGCACCGCCCUCCAAAUUGCUUUAGCGAUUUUUUUGCCGAUGAAUUACGAGCAGAGAUUAAUUGCCGCGGCGAAGUUUGUCUACGCCGUCGAUUCAGACGCCGAUGACUCGCCGGUCAAUUCCGUUGACUUGGAAGUCAAAGCGACUCUGAAACCUCACCAAAUUGAAGGGGUUUCAUGGCUCGUCCGAAGAUACUGUCUCGGCGUCAACGUCAUUCUCGGGGAUGAGAUGGGGUUGGGGAAGACUUUGCAAGCUAUAUCAUUGCUGAGUUAUAUGAAAGUCAAUCUAAAGACUCCUGGACCAUUCUUGGUACUCUGUCCUCUUAGCGUGACAGAUGGUUGGAUGUCUGAGAUGGCCAGUUUUGCCCCAAAUUUGAGAGUGCUAUCCUAUACUGGAGAAAAGGAGCAUCGGCGCAACUUACGUAGGAAGCUAUAUGAGCAUAUGAACACGGAGGCGUCUGAUGCAAAAUCGCUACCUUUGGAUGUGCUCUUGACAACUUACGACAUAGUAUUACUUGAUGAAGAUUUUCUAUCCCAAGUUCCAUGGCGUUAUGCAAUAAUUGACGAAGCACAAAGGCUCAAGAAUCCAUCUAGUGUCCUCUAUAAUGUGCUCAAAGAGCGUUUUGUUAUUCCAAGGAAAUUGUUGAUGACUGGCACACCCAUACAAAACAACCUUUCAGAACUUUGGGCUCUUUUGCACUUUUGUAUGCCUGCAGUUGUUGGAACACUGGAGCUGUUCCUUUCUACAUUCAAGGAAGCUGGAGAUCCAUCAUUCCCUGAUACAGACAAAGCUAAGGAACAAUUCAAAAUUCUGAAAUAUGUGAUAGGGGCUUUUAUGCUCCGACGAACUAAAUCUCAGCUUAUCGAGUCAGGGACACUUGUGCUGCCACCUCUUACUGAGCUUACUGUGAUGGCACCAUUGGUGGCCCUGCAAAAGAAGGUAUACAUGUCCAUAUUAAGGAAGGAGCUAACUCAGCUGCUAGCACUUGCUUCUGGAGCACCCAAUAUUCGGUCGUUGCAGAAUAUUGUAAUUCAACUACGAAAAGCAUGUAGUCAUCCUUACCUUUUUCCUGGUAUAGAACCUGAACCGUAUGAAGAGGGAGAGCACCUAGUUCAGGCUAGCGGCAAACUGCUAAUUUUGGAUCAUCUUCUUCAAAAACUUCAUGCUUGUGGACAUAGGGUUCUUCUUUUCUCUCAGAUGACUCAAACACUUGAUAUACUGCAGGAUUAUCUGGAGUUGAGGAAAUAUUCGUAUGAGCGUCUUGAUGGUUCAAUUCGCGCAGAAGAGCGUUUUGCUGCAAUCAGGAGCUUUAGUCACAAGUCAGUCAAUAAUAGAUCGAAGUUUGAAGCCGAAAAAAAUGCAGCAUUUGUUUUCUUGAUUUCAACAAGAGCUGGUGGAGUUGGAUUGAAUCUUGUGGCUGCUGAUACAGUCAUAUUUUAUGAACAAGAUUGGAAUCCCCAGGUAGACAAGCAGGCCUUGCAGCGUGCUCACCGAAUUGGUCAAACAAACCAUGUGUUAUCUAUAAAUUUAGUCACAGAGCAGUCAGUGGAGGAGGUCAUCAUGCGUAGAGCUCAACGGAAGUUACAGCUUAGCCACAACAUUGUAGGAGAUGAUGUCUUGGAUCAGGAAGGGAAAGAGAUGGCAGGAGCUGAAGCUGGUGACUUGCGCUCUGUUAUGCUUGGCUUGCAUAUGCUAGAUCCUGCAGAAGUAACCAAUGAAGAAUCAGAUAAAUUUGAUAGGAAUGAAUUGACUACAAUGGCAGAAACAAUUAUCGCGUUUCGCAACGAAGAACGUUCAGCCAGAGAUGACAAGUUUGAGGUUAAGCCCGCUAACGUUUUAGGUGAGUUUAAUGUUGUCACAAAAAGGGGUCCAGAGUCUAUUAAGCUUGAUCACAUUCUCGAUGAAACUUCAUAUCUCGAGUGGGUUGGGAAAUUCAAGGAAGCAUCACAGACCAACCAUAAUCCAAUUUUCGAGCUGGGAAAUAGGAGAAGCUUGCCUGAAGAAAAGCAUCUAAAAGCCGAAGCUGCAAAGAAAAAGGCAGAGGAGGAGAAAUUGUCAAAAUGGGAAGCUCUUGGAUACCACUCAUUAUCGGUCAAAGAUCCUGUAUCAGCUCCUGAUACUGACAUCAUCUCUGAUUCUGGAGCUGUUCACUUUGUUUACGGGGACUGCACCCGUCCUUCUAAAGUGUCUCCAUCAGAGCCGAUCAUUAUAUUCAGCUGUGUUGAUACAUCAGGAAACUGGGGUCAUGGGGGUAUGUUUGAUGCAUUGGCAAGACUGUCAGCUAGUGUACCUGCAGCAUAUGAGCGAGCUUCUGAAUUUGGUGAUCUUCGUCUAGGCGAUCUUCAUCUUAUAGAGAUCACAGAGGAUCUAGGUAAGGGCAGUGAUUCACCUCAUGCUCCUCAAUGGGUAGCUUUGGCUGUUGUGCAGUCAUACAACCCUAGGCGCAAAGUCCCCCGCGGCAGUAUCUCCAUCCCUGACUUGGAGAGAUGUCUGUCAAAAGCAUCAUAUUCAGCUGCUCAGAAGUCUGCAUCAAUCCAUAUGCCAAGAAUCGGUUAUCAGGAUGGUUCUGACAGGUCAGAAUGGUACACCAUUGAACGUCUGCUGCGGAAGUAUGCAGCUCUGCACGGCAUAAAUAUUUUUGUGUAUUAUUUCCGACGUGCAGCUCAGAGCUAAGAGAUGGAUACCAUCAAUGCCCCAUCAGCAAUUGGACAAAAUCAGGAACAGCCUCUUUAGUGCAGUUUAACCUCAUGCAGCAUGAAGUUGAUCAGUCCGGGGCAUUCUGAAUGUCGAAAAGGAGAAUACCCAUCUCCCUUUGAUCAAGAUGUGAGGUACUCGUUGAUAAUUUGAUGUAGCAACCCUUGUGGAAGUUCUUGUUUUUCAAGCAGUAAGUUAUGGUCAAAGCAGCUGCCAGGUUUCUGUACAAGCUAAUGAAUGGUUUGGUGUCUUGAAGUUGUUUGUACAAAUCAGCUGUACCAAGUUACCUUGUAAAUAUUUGUAACUUACCACUUAACUAUGCUUAAUUAAUUUGGUUUCGUGCAAAA